GGGAACAAUGCUUGAGAAUUUGGCAUUUUAUAUGUAAUUUUCUAAAAUUUGUGUAUGUGUGUUGUUAUAUUGUAUAUGAAAUUUAUAUCAUAUUUUGUUAUAUAAUAUUGUAAUAUUGUGUGUUGUAUAAUAUAUUAAAUGUAUGUUUUAUAUGUAUUUGUGAAGUUUUUAUUAUUAUUAGUAACUUUUGUUAAUGUCAACGAUUAUAAUGCAAAUAGUAAAGUUUUAAGGAUUUUUUUGAAGAUUCAUGGUUGGAGUAACUACCCAUCAAAUCCUUAUUUUGAGGUUUUGCUCCCUUUAAAAUGAGGUAUUGGAUUGGAGAUGUUCUUAGAAUCAUAAGAGUUCAGUCUUUCGCUCUCAAGUAUUUUAUGUUUCAGUUUCGAUUAAAUUACUUUAAAAUACAUUAGAACAAUUUUACUGACAAUAUCUAAUAAAAAAUUGAUGUAAAAUUGGAGAAAUUUAUUUAUUUGAGAAUGUUGUAACUUGUAAGGCAUUACUAUUAGUGGUAUCUCACAAAAGUAUUUUAUGCAAGCAAAUAAUUAGAAAAUAUGAAAGCGAAAGAAUAAUAUAUGAGAACUGUUUCUCAUUCGAAAAACUUUUAAAUAAUGAGAGAUUAUUUCUCCAUUUGUUAUUUUCUUGAUGUAUAUAUUUUUAAAAAAAUUUAUGUACAAUUAUAUAAUCAAAUAAUAUUUUAAUUUUAUAUAAUAAAGUUAACAACAUAUUUGUUCUAUAUCUUAAAAUUUUCAUUAUAUAACAAAAUUAGUUUAAAAUAUUAAUAUUUGUAUAAUUUUAAAUAUAUUAUUAUCAAUGAAGAAGUUCUUAAUUAAUAAUACGAACACAAAAAAAAGACAAAAAAUGACAUGAUGGAAGAGCAAUUUAGAAGUUUUUACUAUUUAACAAAAUGACAAAUGAGUGACGCUAUUACGAAAUGUAUCCCGAAAAUUAAUUUUAUUGAUGUCGAUACAUUAAAGAGAAAAUAAUUGAAUUUAUUAGCUUGAGUUUUGAAUAGUUUGAUCAUAUUCGUACGUCAUUGCUAGCUUUUUUUAUCCUCCCCUCUCCUCUGCUAUAUAUAAACUCGUCCGAGUACAUAACUCGAUGUAUCGUCCUUCAAAAGCUAUUAGAAGUGACACCAGGAAAAAAAGAAAACUGUGAAACAUACAUUUAUAGCAAUGACUAUAUUGCCUAAACUGGUCGAAGAACUAAAAUCGGGGUUUUCUCCAAUCCCGGUUAUAGAUAUCUCUGACCCAGAGUCCAAACACGCCCUGGUAAAAGCCUGUGAAGACUUUGGGUUCUUCAAGGUGAUCAACCAUGGAGUACCCUCGGAGCUAGUAUCUGUUUUGGAACACGAGGCUGUCAAGUUCUUCUCAUUGCCCACGUCCUACAAAAACCAAGUCACAGGUUGGCCCUUUGGAUACGGGAACGGAAAGAUUGGUCGGAAUGGUGACGUUGGUUGGGUUGAGUACUUGUUGAUGAAUGUCAAUCUUGAUAUCGGUUCGGAUCCGUUCCUUCCGGGUCUCUUGAAUAACCGAGAAACUAUAAGGAACGCAGUGUUGGAGUACACAACAUCAGUGAGGAAAAUGACAUGUGAUGUUUUGGAGAUGAUUACUGAUGGGUUAGGGAUCAAACCGAGGAACACACUUAGCAAGCUUGUCUCUGAUCAAAACAGUGACUCGAAAUUCAGACUUAAUCAUUAUCCACCAUGCCCUCUCAUCCACGAAAAUAUCGAUGGUGCAUGCAACAAUGUGAUCAUAGGUUUUGGAGAACACACUGAUCCUCAAAUCUUAUCUGUCUUAAGGUCUAACAACACUUCUGGUUUCCAAAUCAAUCUAACUAAUGGCUCCUGGAUAUCUGUCCCUUCAGAUCCGUCCUCCUUCUUCUUCAACGUCUGCGACUCUCUCCAGGUGUUAACAAAUGGGAGGUUCAAGAGCGUGAAGCAUAGGGUUUUAACGAACAGCAUGAAAUCUAGGUUUUCUAUGAUUUACUUUGCUGGACCUCCGUUGACUCAGAGAAUCUCUCCAUUGACUUGUCUUAUGAACAAUGAGGACGAGAGUUUGUACGAAGAGUUCACUUGGUCUGAGUAUAAAAGCUCUGCCUACAACUCUAGGUUGUCUGAUAAUAGGCUUCAGCCAUUUGAAAGGAAACUGUUUCCGUUGAAUGAUUGACAGGUUAUGUUCGUGAUAGGUUGGUCUAAGUGUGCCAUAUAUUAUAAAUGUGUAUCUUUUAAGUUAAUGUUAAUUCAAUUAUUGGAAACAUGUUACUGUUGUAUGUUUCCUAGGGUCAAUAUCCCAUUUUAAAAAGA